CCUCCCGUGCAGCUGCAUACGGUCUCUCUCCCCCUCCCGUACAGCUGCCUACGGUCUCUCCCCCCUCCCGUACAGCUGCCUACGGUCUCUCCCCCUUCUAUUAUUUUCCAGUCAGUCUCUCGCAGUUUAAAAUGGCGGCGUUGAGCAGCGCCGAGUCCCCACCGUCCGUCUACAACGGAGACACCAUGGACCGCGAUCCGGCCGAGAGGGAGCGGGAGCGGGGACUGGACGACCUGGGCGCCGGGCUCGACUCCACCUGCUCGGUGGGGAUACCUGAAUGUCCGCAGGAUGAAGAGAUAUGGAACAUUAAACAGAUGAUAAAGCUGACUCAAGAGCAUUUGGAGGCCCUGUUGGAGAAGUUUGGGGGCGAACACAAUCCUCCGGCUAUAUACCUGGAGGCCUACGAGGAGUACACCAGUAAGCUGGACGCCCUCCAGCAGCGGGAGCAGCAGCUGCUGGAGGGUACGGGCAGCGGCGGCGAGCUGUCCUGCUCCUCCCCCACGCCCGGCCUCCUGGACGCCCAGGUCGGGGGCGGCUGCCCGGGCGGGGGCAUGUGCGGCGGCGGCGGCGGCGGGGGCCAGGGCUUCCCCUCGGCCCCCAACACGCUGGCGGUCCUCCAGUGCCCCAUGGACCCCUCGCGGGCCAACCCGCGCUCGCCGCAGAAGCCCAUCGUCCGCGUGUUCCUGCCCAACAAACAGCGGACCGUGGUCCCUGCCCGCUGUGGAAUGACUCUGAGGGACUCGCUGAAGAAAGCCCUGAUGAUGCGCGGCCUCAUCCCAGAAUGCUGUGCGGUCUACAGGAUACAGGAUGGAGAGAAGAAGCCCAUUGGAUGGGACACAGACAUAUCCUGGCUCACAGGGGAGGAGCUGCACGUGGAGGUGCUGGAAAACGUCCCGUUGACGACGCACAACUUCGUGAGGAAGACGUUCUUCACGCUGGCCUUCUGCGACUUCUGCCGGAAGCUUCUGUUCCAGGGCUUCCGCUGCCAGACCUGCGGCUACAAGUUCCACCAGCGCUGCAGCACCGAGGUGCCGCUCAUGUGCGUCAACUACGACCAGCUGGACCUGCUGCUGGUGUCCAAGUUCUUCGAGCACCACCCCCUCACCCAGGAGGAGGAGGGCCCCACCCCCAUGUCUGAGGUCUACCCGUCGCUACCCCCCUCCGACUCCACCGGCUCUCUUUGCCACGCCAGUGUCUCCCCGUCCAAGUCCAUCCCAAUCCCACAGAACUUCCGGCCCAGUGAGGAGGACCACCGGAACCAGUUCGGCCAGCGUGACCGCUCCUCCUCGGCCCCCAACGUCCACAUCAACACCAUCGAGCCCGUCAACAUCGACGACCUGAUCCGAGAUCAAGGUUUGCCGAGGUCAGAUGGAGCCCCCCCGCCCCACCCCGCACGCCCCUUGAGGAAGCACCGAACGCGGACCUCGAGCCCCCUCCUAAACUCCUACCCCAAUGACAUAGUGUUUGAUUUUGAGACCGAGCCCCCGUGCCGAGGAUCCACGGCGGGGCUGUCGGCCACGCCCCCUGCCUCCCUGCCCGGCUCGCUGAGCAGCGUGAAGAUGCCCCAGAAGUCGCCGUGUCCGCAGCGGGAGCGCAAGUCGUCGUCCUCCUCGGAGGACCGCAAUAAGAUGAAAACUUUGGGGCGGCGGGACUCCAGCGACGACUGGGAGAUCCCGGAGGGGCAGAUCACUCUGGGCCAGAGGAUCGGCUCGGGGUCCUUUGGAACCGUCUUCAAGGGGAAGUGGCACGGUGACGUGGCGGUCAAGAUGUUGAACGUCACCGCCCCGACACCUCAGCAGCUCCAGGCCUUCAAGAAUGAAGUGGGCGUCCUCAGGAAAACGCGUCACGUGAACAUCCUGCUGUUCAUGGGCUACACCACCAAGCCGCAGUUGGCCAUCGUGACCCAGUGGUGCGAGGGCAGCAGCCUCUACCACCACCUGCACAUCAUCGAGACCAAGUUCGAGAUGAUCAAGCUCAUAGACAUCGCCCGGCAGACUGCACAGGGCAUGGACUACCUGCACGCCAAGUCCAUCAUCCAUAGAGACCUGAAGAGCAACAACAUCUUCCUGCACGAGGACCUGACGGUGAAGAUCGGGGACUUCGGUCUGGCCACAGUGAAGUCCCGCUGGAGCGGCUCGCAUCAGUUUGAGCAGCUCUCUGGCUCCAUCUUGUGGAUGGCUCCGGAGGUGAUCCGGCUGCAGGACAAGAACCCGUACAGCUUCCAGUCCGACGUGUACGCCUUCGGCAUCGUGCUGUACGAGCUCAUGUCCGGCGUGCUGCCCUACUCCAACAUCAACAACCGAGACCAGAUCAUCUUCAUGGUGGGCCGGGGUUACCUCGCCCCCGACCUCAGCAAGGUGAGGAGUAACUGUCCCAAGGCGAUGAAGAGGCUGAUGGUGGACUGCCUGAAGAAGAAGAGGGAGGAACGGCCCCUCUUCCCCCAGAUCCUGGCGUCCAUCGAGCUGCUGGCGCGCUCCUUACCCAAGAUCCACCGCAGCGCCUCGGAGCCGUCCCUGAACCGCGCCGGCUUCCAGACGGAGGACUUCAGCCUCUACGCCUGCGCCUCGCCCAAGACCCCCAUCCAGGCCGGUGGAUACGGGGAGUUCUCUGCGUUUAAAUAAGUGCUGCAGGCCCUUACGAGUCCGUUCCCUUAUCAACGACUGCUUCGGAAGAAGAAGAGAAAAAAAAAAGUCUUGUGUUCCAACGCUGGAUUCAUUUCAUCACGGUAAACGACAACAAAAAAACGACAAAAAAAAAAAUACCACGUCCAAAAGAAUGUGCGGUUUCUUCUUCUCUUCUUCUUCGACUUUAACCCCCGAAGAGCGUUCUGCCCAUGGAAGCCCUCCCAGUCGACCUGGCGGCCGCACCAGACACACCAAUGAAGAAGA